AUAGGUACUAUCAUAAUAUCACAUCAAAUACUUUGGUAAUUCUGGAAGCCAUGGCAGCACAUGGUGUUAAAACUCUUAUUUACUCAAGUACAUGUGCAACUUAUGGGGAACCGGAAAAAAUGCCUAUUACAGAAGUAACUCCUCAGCAUCCUAUCAACCCAUAUGGGAAGGCCAAAAAGAUGGCGGAGGAUAUUAUUUUGGACUUCUCAAAGAGAUCAGACAUGGCAGUCAUGAUCUUAAGAUAUUUCAAUGUUAUUGGAUCAGAUCCUGAAGGAAGGUUAGGUGAAGCUCCAAGACCUGAGUUACGUGAGCACGGGCGUAUAUCCGGUGCUUGCUUUGAUGCAACACUGGGUAUCAUACCUGGUCUGAAUGUGUCUUAUAUUAAUUUGCAGCUCCUGGCAACUUGUUACUUGCAAAAUGGAAAAGUAUAUUAUGCCUACCAGGUCUCAAAGUGCUGA